AUGAAAAAGUGCCCUCAAACCCCGGCGAUGAUCCCAGCUGCGCCAGUGUUAGGAGCUCCGCUUCUUUCCGGUGCCGUUCUCUGUGCCGUUUCUCUCGUUGUGUCCGCUCGCCCUCUAGCCAUUCAAUUGCCCAAGAUUUCCCUGCCUGCACUUCCGAAAAUUAGCCUUCCCGACUUGGACCUCCCUAAUUUUGGCAAGAAGAAGGACGCUCCAGCUGCAAAGAAGGCGGCACCGACUGCCAGGGCCCCGCCCUCCGGCAACGUCCGCGUGCGUCCUGCCACUGGAGUUCGUGCGUCUGGGCAGUCGCUUGAUGCCCCCUCUUUAUCAGAUAUUACGGGAGUGCAACAGCAGCAGCGCGUCGGGUCUGCCGAGGGUUGGGAAAGGUUCCCAGAGCGACGGAUGCCGGGCGCGAACAUGGACGGCUGGAGGAAAGUCGCAAAGGACAUUGCUCCGAAGAUUUAGUCAUGCAGUCAUCAUGUCAGCGGUCUUGGGGACCAGCUCUAGGUUGUACAGGGCAUAAUAGUAUCUUAAUGAAAGUUAGACGGUCAAUGUACUCGCAAGAGAGGGCGGGAUCUCUUCUCUUCCAUCGGUGAUGCGCAUCGUAUCCGAAACAGCACGCCACACCGCAAUGCGUUCCUAUUCACUAGACUACGGUGAAUUGCCAACGAUCAGAGAGGGGUUGCGCCUCCCUAAUGGUCAGGCAUUGUUUUCGUCCUUCGCCAGGUGUUGCUAGAAUAUAAAUCAGACGAGUCGGCAACCAACCUUUCGUAACCUCAUCUGUAUG